AUAGGCGGCAUGGCGGCGUCCCUUCCGGACAGCAAGGCUGCAAAGAGCCUGACAGGACACAGCAGCGGCGGCAUCUUCCAGCGCUUCGAGCUCGCCGGCAAGGUGGCCGUUAUUUCGGGCGGCGCCCGUGGUCUAGGGUAGGCUGUUCCUCCUCGCUUGAGUACUGUCUACUAUGGCGCCUGCUGCUCCUACCGGUGAUCUUGACCCUCUCUUCACCAUUGCCGCCUGCUAGACUGCCUCGGUUGUCAGACAGUCCGGACGACGCCCACGCAGUGCUCGGAGCAGCACGACCGCCGCUCUCUUCGUGACGUGAGCUGACUGGCACGCUUGCUUCCCGCAGCUUCGAGAUGGCACGAGCUCUGUGUGAGGCAGGCCUCGCCGGCAUUGCAAUCGUAGACAUCCUCCAAGAAUUUGGCGAGACAGCCAUCAAGGAGCUCCACGCCGACUUUGGCCUUACUGCGUCCUUCUACAAGGUUGACGUGAGGGACCACGAAGCCGUCGAGGAAGUCAUGAACGGCGUCAUUAGAGAUUUCGGUCGGAUCGAUGUCCUCAUUUGCUCGGCUGGCGUUGCCGACAACAUUGCUGCUGAGGACUACCCCGCCGAUCGCUUCAAGCGAGUUAUGGAUAUCAAUCUCAACGGUGUCUUCUUCUGCGCUCAGCCAGUAGCAAACCAUAUGAUCAAGAGCGGGAGGGGAGGAUCAAUGAUCUUUAUAGCGUCAAUGUCGGGUCACAUUGUGAACUACCCUCAACCUCAAUGCGUUUACAAUGCCUCAAAGGCAGCCGUGCUCCAUCUGGGCAAGUCACUUGCAGCAGAAUGGGCGCCCCAUAAGAUUCGUGUCAACACCAUCAGUCCGGGUUACAUGAACACGCUGCUCAAUGAAAAGUUUGAUCCUCUGCUCAAAAAGGCAUGGUUCGAGCGAACGCCGACAGGCCGCAUGGGACACGUGUCCGAUCUCAACGGUGCAGCGCUCUACCUUGCCAGCGAAGCUUCCGCAUUCACCACGGGCACGGACAUCCUCAUUGACGGUGGUUACACGACAUGGUAGAACGCUAGCAGACUGAGUUGAGAGCAAAGAGCACGCACAAUGUAGUAGCAGUGCCACUUCA